AUGCGCGUCGACAGUCGCGUUCAGGAUUUUUCCAUCAUCAAGAUGCGCCCUACGCUCGUACGCCUCGUUCGCGUUGUCCCGCGCUCCAAAGUCGACCCCGCCCUGCGACCCAUUCCAGAGCCUGUCCGCUCUGACGUGCCUCGGCCUUCUCUCAUUGAGGUUCUCCUGAAGCGGAAGGAGGAGGCAGGCGCGGACUAUCCACCAAACAUCAGGAUAGAAGCUUUGAAGGCGAAGACGGCCUUGAGGGGUCUUCCGCGCGACGCGAGGAAAACGCUCGCUGCGAUGCUCAAGGAGCACUGA